AUGAAGAACAUUGAAGCUAGACCUGUUGGAACAGCCCCAUUACCAGAGGCCAAUGAAGUUGAAAAGAAAAAUCUCAACGAGUGCAAUUACAUCAAGAAUGAUAAGAGAUCACACGGCAAAGGCCGAGGUGGAUACAGAAACCGUGAUUGUGACAAUUACUCGAAUGGCCGAGAUAGAUACUUGGCCGCCCGGAAAGGAAACCACAAUAACCGUGGUCGUGGUUCCAAUCCCGGCCGUGGUCGAGGCGGUUAUGGCCGAGGUCGAGGCGGCAUAUCCAAACCGUCUUACUCGACCAAAUCCAUUUGUCACAGAUGUGGGAUGAGCAACCAUUGGGCCAUGAAUUGUAGAACUCCUAAGCACUUAUGUGAGCUCUACCAAGAAAGUAUUAAGGACAAGAACCCGGAGGCUCAUAUGGUCAAUGAUUUCGGAUAUGAGGCUGAUAAAGAAUCCGAUGUUGCUAAUGACGACCUGAUGGAUUUUGAGACUUCUGAUUCUAGAUAUCGACCCAAGGGAAACCUUCAGAUUAGCAGAAUUGGAAUCUACACUUUGGGGUGA